GUCCCGGCCUGAGGCGUCCUGGCUUGAGCACAAGACGGGCCCGGCUGGCGAUGGAGGGCACAGCAGACUCCUUGGCUCUGGGCAUGCACAUCACAGUCACUUCGACCUCUGGUGCUGCCUGGACCUUAGCACCUCAGGGCGAGCUGUAGUACAUGUACAUUCGCAGACCGCAGACUGCUAACCUGAAGCGGGCGAGCGAGGAGUCGAUCAGCACGACGGCGCUGGCCGGGGACGCCGGCGCUGAUUCAGGCGGGGGCGCGGGCGGCGGGGGCGGGCGGGUUACAGCCGGCGCCGUCGUCCCUCCUGCCCUUGUCACCCUCAAAAGCAGCAGCAGCAGGCAGCGAUCGAGCAGUAGACUAAGGGUUAACGGCAGCAGCAGCAGCAGUAGCAGCCGCUGGAUCGACCCGAGCGGCGGCAACGGUGCCGGCAGCAGCAGCGCCGCGGGGAGCCGCUCCUGCACACCGCGCCGCCAGCGGCCCCCUGACCAAGCAGCAACAACACGCACAGCGACCGCUGCCGCACAUGCGCCAUCGCAGCCGCCACCGCCGCGCCUGCCACAACAUCAUGACCAGCAACGGCCGCAGCUUACAUCAGAGGCGACUGGGCUGCCGCUGCUGACGCCGCAGCAGUUGCGGGACUUUCUGGACGCGACGCGGCUGCUGCUGGAGCCCGGCGCCCGCAGUAGCAGCGGCGGAGGCGGCACGAGCCUCACGGCAGUAGCAUUCCCAGCAGGCGGCGCGGCUGCCUUGUCCCGGAGCAGUAGCGCCGGCUCGCAUGGCAGGGCCGACAGCGACUGUGGCGGCAUGGAGGAGGGGGCGGGCCGUAGCAGCCACGACGGCGGCGGAGGCGGUGCGGCGGAGGCGGCGGCUGGCAGCAACAGCUGCCGAGCGGAUGACGCCGCGGGACACUUGCGUGAGGCCUUCUCGGAUCCGGCCGAACCUGGCGAUGGCGGUGCUGGCAGCGGCGGCGGCGGCGGCGGCGGUGUAGGCGACCCUGGGCCGGACGGGCCGGCGGCGCCGGCACAGGCCCGGCACAGCUGCUACGACGAAGUGAUUCGUGCCGCCGACGCGGCUGGGCUGUACGACAUCAGUGGGGUCCAGCACUACACAGACCACGGACACAAGGUGGUGUUCCUGCACGCGCGGCCGCAGAAGAGCAAGCCCGGGGCUGUGUCUGAGUGCGGCCACUGCCACCGCUCGCUGAUGGACGCCGGGUCGCGCCACUGCUCGCUCGAGUGCAAACUCAACUGGCAGCAGCGCGCGCCGCCGCUCACGCAGGAGCAGGCUGCAGCGGCGGCGCGCGCCACGUACGGCCGCCGCCGCGCCCGGCUGGUCAGGGUGACCCGCUGCCGCGGUCGGCCUGACCUGCCGCUGGCGCAGCUCGCCCGCACAGCGUCGCCGGCUGCCGCUCGCCCCACCGCAACCUCAGCGACUGCCGCGGCCGCCGCCGCCGCCGCGGGGCCUCAGCUGGGCGCUCCGGACGUGGACAUGCAGGAUGCGGCAGGUGCAGGGAGUGUGGAACCCGGCCGGCAGCAAGAAGCCGGUGCUGCUGACGGCGCUGCGUUCGCCAGCCUGCUAGCAGCGGCACAGCAGGAGUGCCGGCCGCAGCAGGGCCAGCAGGGCUCGCCGCCGCAGCGGCUGGCGACUGGGCAGGACGAUGUGGUUAUGAUGCAUGUGGGUCAGGAGGCGGCUGGUGCAGCCCCGGCUGUAGCACACGCUGGCUGCAGCACCGGCAGCAGCGCUGGCGGCGGCACUGGCGGCGGCACUGGCGGCGGCACUGGCGGCGGCAGCGCUGGUGCUGUGGCUGGGCGCACGGACCUGGUGGGGCACUUGCCAUCGUCUCUGCCGCCGCGGCCGCCGCGUAAGCCGCUGACUGGCACGGCCCUUGCCGGCAGGCCGCCGCGGCCGUCGCCAUUGGCGCGGCAGUCGCUCGCCACUGCCGCAAGCACGGGUGAAACCCGUGCCGGUCCAGGAUGCAGCAUGGCGGCAGCCCCGGCUGCAGCAGCUUGCGCUCUGGCUACUGCUUCACAGGACCCCAAUCCGGCCGUAGUGCAGGCCCCGGCGCCGGCAGCAGCUCCGCAUCAGGCUACAAGCGGCACCGCCGGCAGCGACGGCGUCAGCGACGGCGGCGACGGCCACGCCGCUGCCGGCCACAUCACAGGCAACAGCAGCAGCGUCGGCACCUGCGGCGGCGGCGGCGGCGGCGCCGGGUCCAGCACGGCUGCACGUGCCACGCUGCUGUCUCGGGCGCUGGCGGUGGCGCUGAGUGGCGCUGAGGACAAGCGGGCCAUGUGUCAGGCGGUGGCGGCGGCGGUCGCCGCCACCGCGCCGAGGUCGGCAACGCUGCAGGCCCUGACUGCGGGCACUGCAGAGCCGCAGUCGGGGCCGCCGCAGCGGCUCCGGUCGCAGGGCUCUGCAGGUCUUGCGCCGGCUGGGGCCAGCAGCAGCAGCAGCAGCCGCGACGGCAGCGGCGAGGGCCGCAGACUAAGCGGCGGGCGCAGCGAUGGUGGCGGCAGCAGCGGAAGCGGAAGCGGCAGCGGCGACUGCCAGGUCCAAGAACGUGGUGUUGGUGCGGCAGCUGUGGCAGCAGCUGCGGCGACGUGCGCGCCUGCCUUGGUGGGUGGGCUGCCGCCGCCGCUCCCAGCGCCUGGUGCUGUUCCCAGCCACGCAGUGAAAGCCGAGGCGCCACUCGGCCCCAUUGGCGCCGUCGGCCCCGUCGGCCCCGUCAACAGUGACGCGGCUGUUGCUGCUGUGACGGCUGCUUGUGCCGGCGGCGGCCCGGCCGCAUCAAGGCAGCUGAAUGACCCGCAGCACCAGCACCACCACCAGCACCAGCACCAGAGGCACCAGCAGAGACAGGGUGACAGCGCCAUGGAAGAUGUGGCCUGCCGCCAGCCAGUCCCCCACGCCGCGCCUGCCGCAGGUAGUGACAGAGACGGCGCUGCUGCAGGUCCUGCUAGCAGUGGAGCUACGGGUGCAAAUGAUGGUGCAGUCAGGACUGCCGCUACCAGUGGCCCCCAGGCGGCAGCCCCUGCGGCGGCCGUUCCCCCGCCCUCGCUGCCAGCCGCCAGGCCGGCCACAAACAACGCCGCCGCUGCCUCCUCCCCCUUCGGCUGCUUCGGCGGUCAGGCGGCGACGGCAGCGGCGGUGGCGGCUGUGCCGCUCAUUUCCCUGAACCCAGCGCGCCCCAUCGCGUCAAAGUCCCGUGCAACCGUAAAAACAGGAGUCCCAGGAGCAGCGGCAGCAGCAGCGACGGCGGCGGCGGCGCAGCUGCCGCCUCAUUGGCUGCGGCCGCCACUGCCGCCCACCGCACGAGCGGCGCCCGGCGCCCGUGGCACCGCUCACUGCGCUGGAGGCGGCAAGGCGGCGAGCCUCGGAGCUCCGCCGGCACCGCUGCCGCAGAGUAGCCGCCGCGCCUCCCCCACCGCCACGCAUGAUGCCGGGGCGUCCGGCGGAGGCGACAUGCACGGUGCCGGCGGCGUUAGGGCGGCGGCGGCCGCAGUGCAUGUGCAGCACGUGCGACACACGGGCGUGAAGCGCCGGUGCGUCAGCAUGGAACCAGGCGGGGUGCUGCCCGGUGGCGGCGGCGGAUACGGCGGCAGCGGGGCCAGCGAGCUGCCAGAGGUGACGUCGCCAGAGCGACGUACGGGACAGCGAGUGUGCAGCCUGCCGAAUGCGCAGCGUGCGGGCGGUGCCUCGCCAGCUGCGGCGGCGGCAGCGGAGGCUGACGCGCUGGCUGCGCACAUGGCCAUGCUGAGCCCCUCCCGGCUGCAGCGGCCGCUGCUGCCAUGGGAACGGCGGGCGCCUGCAGCUUCAGCCGGUGGCUCGGGUGAGACGGCUGACAUGGAGACUGCGCCAGCCGCAAACGUUGCGGUUGCAUGCAGCCGGCGCCACAGUAGCAGCGCCGUGUGGCCUGAUGCCGACAUACCUGGGCUGAGCGGUAGCAACAACUUCAUAGGUCGUGUUGGGGCGGAAGGCACGGGCGACACCUGCUCUGCCCAAUGUGUGGCUGGCGGUUGUGGCAACCUGGCACGCAGUAGCAGCGGUGCUGGCGGUGGCGGCAGCGGGGGAGGUGGCGGCGGCGGAGGAAGGGGCCGCCGCAGCUCAAGCGCCACAGCACGAGCGCGGCCGCGGCGCGGCAGUAGCAGCAGCGCCAAGUCACCGCCAGUACCGGCGUCGUCGGCGGCUGUAGCGCCUGCUACGCACGUGCAAGCGCACCCUGCUGCUACUGCCGCCGCUACUCCGGCCGUGUCUGGGGCGGAAGGUGCCGUGGCAGACGCUGCGGCUGCGGCUGCGGCUGCGGUGACCGCCAACAGCUCCCGGCGUGUCAAGGCGCGUAAGGGCCGUCCGCACCAGGCCGCAUUGGUGUAGCUGUGGGAGCAGAUUGGACAGCAUGGCAGGGGAUGCCAAUGCCAGAAGGAGGGGAGGUGGUGCCUGAGCGCAUUCAGGUGCAGCGCGCCAGGAUGAGUGGUGUUGCAGCAAGAGCUGAGCCCUGCUGUGAGGCGCGCGCCUCUUGGGCCGAUUGAUAUCAACGUGAGACAGCUGAGACGCGGCUGCAGACAGUCAUUGUGUGGGCGAAAGCCGCGCCUAUGUGCCGGACAUUAGAGUCAGGGCAACAUGGAACGACAAGAGCAUCAGGAAGGAGCGAGCGGGAGUUUUGAGGAAGUGCGCAGGCUCUCAAUGAGUUGCCAAGACCUCAAGCAGGAAGUCAAUCGCCAGAACGCCAGUGUGUGCAUGCUGCGGGGCUCUCGUGGGAGUCAGGGUAUGCCGGAACCGGACCCCAAGCCCCCAUUCCUGUUUUCCGGCGAACAAACAUACCAGCCACACGCGGGUGUGUCCAAGGAGGCUUGGUAAGUUGUGGAAGGAAGCCCACGUAGGAGCAGAUGAGCUGCCGCCGAGCUGGCUACCGGGAACGGAUUGCACUUGGCACACUUGGUGUCUGGGUCAGGACAAGGAUGGGAUGGUC